UUAAAGUUGAGUAAAGCAGAUUGGAUCAGUUGACUGCAUGCAAGGAUAGAGAGAAAAUACAAGAAGGAGCAAAAGAAAGCCCCUGAUUUACCAGCAUUGUCCAACAGAGGAAGACUGACUCUUUAGGGUGUUUUUGUCAGUGCUAGCAUGGCUGGACUUCGGUGUUGUGUGCUGGCAGUUGUGGCGUUAUCAGCUAUCUGUUUGUGGGAUUCCUCUGAGGCUGUAGGGGGGGCUGUGAGUCGACCAAGGCCCCAAAGACGACCACCAAGGAAGCCAAAAGUCAAUCCUAUUGACUUGACACCAUCUGCACAAAACACAGACAUACAGCGGAUGACAGGAAGAUGGUACCUGCUAAACACUGCCUCCAAAUGCUCGUACCUGAUAAAUCAUGGUACCAGGGUGGAGCCCACAGUCAUGACCCUCACACUGUCCUCUUCCUCUGACCCAACAAUGUCUGUCAGCACCAAAACACGCCAUAAUCAUCAGUGUUGGGAGAUUUUACAAGUCUACCAUCUGUCCACAACACCAGGCAAACUAACACUUAAAGGAGCUCGUCCUCAGCUCAACACUGAGAUAGUGAUUGGGGAGACGGACUAUGACAACUACGCCAUCAUGUACUACCAGAAACGGGGCAAGAUCACCAUGAAACUCUAUGGCAGGUCUGUGGAUGAUCUGUCAGAGCCAAUGUUGACCAAGUUUGAACAGCUUGCUGAGAAACAAAAUCUGGGUCUGGCUUAUCUCUUUCCCUUCCCCACUUACAGUCACUGUGGUGAGGUGGACCAGGACCAUGUCAUAAAUUGUGUUCCAACAUGCUGAGAAGGCAGAGAUGGAUCCUGGCUUGUGUCAUUUCAAAAUAUUCCAACAAACAUGUGAAUACUGUAUAACUUUAAAAUGUAAAAGGAGUUAUGAGACUGUGACAGGGUCUAAGACUGUUACCUUUGAAUGUUAUCAGCUACAUGAAUAAAAACAAAAUGCAUCACAA